AUGCGGGAGACACCAUUCUGCCUUAGAGUUGGACACCUUCUCCCCUACUCCAUGUCAGAUUCCAACACAACUGACUUCACAAACCCCUCCACCUUCAUCCUGAUGGGCAUUCCUGGCCUGGAGGCUGCUCAUGUCUGGAUCUCCAUCCCCUUCUGCACCAUAUACACCAUAGCCAUCUUGGGAAACGUCAGCAUCUUGUUCAUCGUGAAGAUGGAGCCGAGCCUCCAUGGGCCCAUCUAUUAUUUCCUCUGCAUGCUGUCUGUUACCGACCUGGUCCUGUCUACGUCCACCAUGCCAAAAAUGUUGAACAUCUUCUGGUUCAAUUCCACUGAGAUAGAUUUCAGUGCCUGCCUCACCCAGAUGUACUUCAUUCACUGUUUCUCAGCAAUGGAGUCUGGGAUCUUAGUGGCCAUGGCUUUGGAUCGCUACGUGGCCAUCUGCCAUCCCCUGAGACAUUCUACCAUCCUCACAAAUUCUGUUGUGGCCAAGAUUGGCCUGGCCAUGGUGCUGCGCAGUAGCAUACUUGCAUUCCCCUAUCCCUUCCUGGCAAGGUGUUGGCCAUACUGUAGAACCAACAUCAUCCCCCACUCGUACUGUGAGCACAUAGCUGUGGUGAAUUUGGCUUGUGCCGACACCCGCCUCAGUAGUUAUUAUGGCCUCUUUAUUCUAUUCUCUGUGAUCUGUCUGGAUGUUUUUUUUAUCACCGUGUCAUAUAUCCAGAUCCUCAGGGCCAUCUUCAGCCUCCCCACAAAGGAUGCCCGACUCAAGACUUUUGGGACCUGUGGCUCCCACCUUUGUGCCAUCUUGGUUUUUUACAUUCCAGAUUUCUUCUCUUCCAUCACACAUCGGUUUGGCCACAAUGUGCCCUUGCAUUUCCUCAUUCUCAUGGCCAAUGUGUACCUUUUGGUGCCCCCCUUGUUACACCCUAUCAUCUAUGGUGUGAGGACCAAACAGAUCCGGGAAAGGCUGCUCCGGCUCUUUCCUCAUAAAGGGACCUAA